AUUUUCUUAUCCAUGCACCAAGCAAAUAUCAAUAGCAAAAGCAUAUGAGUUGUACCUCUCUUGAAGACAUGAAAUCACUUUUUGCUCUCAUCCUCCUCAUUUCACUUGCCUUGUAUGCUAGCAGCACAGAUGCAAGAAGAGACCCUGGAGAAUAUUGGAAUAUUGUGAUGAAAAAUGAGCCCAUGCCUAUAGCAAUCAAGCAUCUUAUGCCUCGGUAUGACGUUCCUUCCGAGCCAAGGCCAACUAUAACUGCUUAUUAUCAUGAUGAUGCUAGUCUCAAACAAGAAAAGUCUUUUGAACCAAGACCAACUGCAACUUCUUACCAUGAUAAUGAAGUCAGUCUUAAAGGAGAAAAGUCUUUUGAACCACGACCGACUAUAACUACUUACUAUCAUGGUGGUGCUGGUCUCGAACAAGAAAAAUCAUCCUUUACAAAAGAUUUUGAACCAAGGCCAACUGCAACUUCUUACCGUGAUGAUGAAGUCGGUCUUAAAGGAGAAAAGUCUUUUGAACCACGACCGACUAUAACUACUUACUAUCAUGGUGGUGCUGGUCUCGAACAAGAAAAAUCAUCCUUUACAAAAGAUUUUGAACCAAGGCCAACUGCAACUUCCUACCGUGACAAUGAAAUCAGUCUUAAAGGAGAAAAGUCCUUUGAACCAAGGCCGAAUGUUAGUGUGUACAAUGAGUGAUAUUGCAAAAGCAUUGUGUGUCAUUUAGUUUUCUUGUAAACUCCCUCCGUGUGAAUGCCCUUUCGAUGUUAUGUGGUUUAUGGAAUAAGGAAAAAUAAACAUUUGUACUAUAGUAUUUCUUGAGUUUAAUGUAAUUGUUGUUUAAUUGUA